UCCGCCGACGGGGCUGCGCGCCUGGGGAGGAGGGGCCCCGCCCCAGAGGGUCCCCCUCUUCCAGCAGACGGAGCCCCGCCCCAGAGGGACCCCCGGGUCCGGCAGGGACACCCGGCCCCGCCCCAGAGGGUUCCCAGCAUCCCGCCGCUGGAGCCCCGCGCCCCGGAGGAACCUCCGUGCCCAGCUGGGGGCUCCCCGCCCCGCUGAGAGGGCGCCGCCCGGGAGGGUCCCCGCGCCCCGCGGGCCCCGGCAGGAUGCACGCCGCCCUGGCGGGGCCGCUGCUCGCCGUCCUCCUCGCCACCGCCCGCGCCCGCCCGCAGCCCCCGGACGGAGGACAGUGCCGGCCGCCCGGAUCGCAGAGGGAGCUCAACUCUUUCCUGUGGACCAUUCGGCGUGACCCCCCGGCCUACCUGUUUGGCACCAUCCACGUCCCCUACACCCGCGUCUGGGACUUCAUCCCGGACAACUCCAAGGCAGCCUUCCAGGCCAGCGCUCGCGUCUACUUCGAGCUGGACCUGACGGACCCCUACACCAUCUCGGCCCUGGCCAGCUGCCAGCUGCUGCCGCACGGGGAGAACCUUCAGGACGUGCUGCCGCGGGAGCUCUACUGGCGCCUGAAGCGCCACCUGGACUACGUGAAGCUGAUGAUGCCCUCGUGGAUGACGCCGGCGCAGCGGGGCAAGGGGCUGUACGCGGACUACCUGUUCAAUGCCAUCGCCGGCAACUGGGAGCGCAAGAGGCCCGUGUGGGUGAUGCUCAUGGUGAACUCGCUCACCGAGACGGACGUGCGCUCCCGGGGCGUGCCCGUGCUGGACCUCUACCUGGCCCAGCAGGCCGAGAAGAUGAGGAAGAGCACUGGGGCCGUGGAGCGGGUGGAGGAGCAGUGCCACCCACUUAAUGGGCUCAACUUCUCCCAGGUGCUGUUUGCCCUGAACCAGACCCUGCUGCAGCACGAGAGUGUGAGGGCAGGGAGCCUGCAGGCCCCCUACACCACAGAGGACCUCAUCAAGCACUACAACUGUGGGGACCUCAAUGCCGUCAUCUUCAACCAUGACACAUCCCAGCUGCCCAGCUUCAUCAACACCACCCUCCCGCCGCACGAGCAGGUGACGGCACAGGAGAUCGACAGCUACUUCCGCCACGAGCUCAUCCACAAGAGGAACGAGCGGAUGGGGAGGAGGGUCAUGGCACUUCUGCGGGAGAACGAGGACAAGAUCUGCUUCUUUGCCUUCGGAGCAGGUCACUUUCUGGGAAACAACACGGUCAUUGACGUCCUCCGGCAGGCGGGGCUGGAAGUGGAGCACACACCCGCAGGGCAGGCCAUCCACAGCGCUGCCGCCCGGAGCUCCACACCUCCACCUGAGGGGACCUCGGCGAGCCCGGCCCCAGUGACCCCAGCAGCUGCCCUCCCUGCAGUACCCUCGGCGACCCCCACAGUCCCGCCUGAGGAGGAGGACCCGGCCCUGUCCCCACACCUCCUGCUCCCCGACAGCCUCAGCCAGCUGGAGGAGUUUGGGCGGCAGAAGAAGUGGCACAAGAGACAGAACAAACACCAGCGGCCGCGACAGUUCAAUGACCUCUGGGUCCGCAUCGAGGACAGCACGGCCGCCUCGCCGCCCCCGCUGCCGCCGCAGCCCACGCACAGCUCUGGGACCGCAGGGCCGCCCUCCCAGCUCUCAGAGCGGCUUCAGCAGCGGGAGGAGCCGGGCCCCACCGGCAGCACAGCGCCCCACCGCCCACAGCCUGCCCCGGGCCUCCUCCCCGCCAUCCUGGCCAGCCUCGCAGCCUCCCUCCUCCCGCACACCCUUGGGCCCUCCUGACCUUGGCUGCCAGUGCAGAGAAGCCAGAGAAACCACAGGAGGGUCUGCGGCCACACUCCCGCUGCCGCUGCCUGCCACCUCACGGGCAGCCCAGGCGGGUCCGUUAGAACGUUAGAGCUUUAUUGUGCCCGAGUUACAUCUUCUUUUUUGUAGAAGGAUCUUAAUUUCCCAUAGUGCUAUGGGGCUCUUUUGUAAAA